AUGAAUGCACACACGACAUUUGCUCUGCCGGAUACAGACGUGGGAGGUGUACCAGCCAUUCAGAACCUUCCCGAUUUACUAUCAGAAGAUAUCGAUUCACUCACUUUGCCUGAGUUUGAUGAAGAGAUUUCAUUCGAUACUGCUCAGCUCAUCCUCUUCCCAGCUCCAUCCUUUAACCUUCUCUCCAUAUUCCCGUCAUUCUCCUUCACAAACCCAGCCGAGCCAUCACCAUCCAUAGGUAGCGACGACGUACAAGCUAUGACAUUUCACUCCACCGUCCUUGCGCCCAUGAAAUCCACUCGCAAAGCAGCAUUAUCAUCACACUCCAUCUUUCUCAACUUUGCUGUCCAAAAUCCCAUGGCGUUGCAUUUUCUUCUCGCCUUUUCGCAUAGUGAAUUGGCCAUCCACCACGGCUUCAGCGACAAGCCACCUCUCGAGUCGCAUCUUCACUUUCAACACGGAUCGCAGCUGCUCAACCAGGCGUUAGUGGACUUGACACCGACUGACCAUAUCGCCAUGAUGCUUUCAUUCUUGUAUCUGUACAUGUUCUGGAUGAGAAGAGCUCCAUUUGACGUUUCGAAACUACGCGAGUUGAGUAGCUCCAUUCUGGCUUAUGUCACGACCUUCUCACUCGAUGAGAUGUGCGCCAGUUCCACAAACAGCGGUGGCACGUCAGAACCUGUGACGUUGUCGCGAAUAUUGACGUACAUCUACGACAGAGACGUGUUUUGUGGCUUCUUUGGCUGUGGAGAGAAGUUCGCGGGCUACGUUACCGAAAAGCAUGACACGAGACAACGGAUAUGGCAGUUGUCGCGAAUGCCAAUCUUAUCAGAGGAACAGACGGGGACAUGGUUUAGACCAGAGCAACUGCCUGAGACGAGCCAGAGAAAAAUAGUGGAUGUUUAUUUUAGUUUGAUUACUGUUCAGUAUGAGAUCAAUCAGUAUAGCCAAAGUCGUGGUCCAGAAUCAUCGGGUAAAAAGUUGGAGAUAAAGAGAAAACUGGAUAAGAUAAGAGAGGAGCACGGCUUUCUCUUCACGAUAUCUAAACAAUGUACGGGGCAAUCUACAAAACCACCUUUGAUGGCCCCUGUAACAGCCACUAUCUUCUACGCCCUCCAGAUUUAUCUCUAUCGCAGUCGCAAUAAUGUGUUUGGAAAAACGCCAAUACCACAAGAUAUGGACACAGCUCUGAAGGAGUUGGUGACUGCAGCAUACCAGACUAUUGCUACUGGACCAGUGCAGUUACUCGAGAGGUUUCAAUGGGCGCUCCUGAUUGCAGGGAUAGAAACACACGAUCCCGUGCACAGAGAUUGGAUUUCGGCGAAUAUUUCAGACCCCGUUAUCAAGAGCGUCUUCAAUCUUGUAUUGUCGGCUAAGGGACGGUCGGAUGAGGGCGUCUCAAUGGAGGCGAUUCGAGACUUGGUUAGUAGGAGAUCGAUGGGUGCUAUGCGAGAUAGAGCAUAA